AACAGAGAUGCCAUCCUCCCUAAAAGUCCUAGGCCCUUUCUUGGCCCUGCUGUUCCCUCUAUGUGGACUCCUUAUACACAGCCAGAGCCUUUCCUGGAGAGAAUUUAUGAAACAGCACCACCUGAGCACAAGCUGGGAAUUUGACAAGUACAGAUGCAAUGAUCUCAUGAGGGACAAAAGAACUCCAAAAGACAACUAUCAGAUGUUCAUCUAUACCACAUGGCACAAAAUCGAGCAAAUAUGCAAUAGGAACUGGAGAGAUCGCUACAGAAAUGUAUAUAUAUGGACCCAGUAUCCCUUCAAAAUACUCAAGUGUUACCAAGGGGGGAAGAGAAAUAUCUACAAAGAGAGCAGGAGCUACAGCUAUAUUGAAUUCCAUUGUGGCAUGAGUGGGUUUGUUGAUAGCAUAGAGGACACCCGGUUGUUUCGGAGUAUCAGAAAAUAGAAUGUCUGCACACAU